GCUUCUAUGGAUGAAAAAUAUGUCGAAUCCAUUUGGGCAAGCUUGAAAAAUGCUAUACAGGAGAUACAGAAGAAGAAUAACUCUGGACUGUCAUUUGAACAAUUAUACCGGAAUGCAUACAACAUGGUGCUUCACAAGCACGGAAAUCGGCUAUAUUAUGGGUUGCGAGAAGUGGUAUCUGAACAUUUAGAGCAUAAAGUACGCCAGGAAGUGCUUGAAAGUUUGCACAACAACUUUCUUCCAAAAUUAAAUCAAGCGUGGAAUGACCAUCAAACGUCUAUGGUAAUGAUUCGCGAUAUCUUAAUGUACAUGGAUCGUGUUUAUGUUCAGCAACGGGAAGUGGAUAAUGUCUACAAUUUGGGCUUGAUACUGUUCAGAGAUCAGAUCGUGCGUUAUUCGGAAAUUCAAAAAGCUCUGCGAGAGACUCUGCUGGGUAUGGUUAUGGAUGAGCGAAGUGGUGAAGCCAUUAACCAUUUAGCUAUUAAAAAUGCCUGUCAAAUGCUUAUGUCACUAGGAAUUAAUACACGCUCCGUUUAUGAGGAUGAUUUUGAAAAACCUUUUCUUGCGCAAUCUGCUUCCUUCUAUAAAUUCGAGUCCCACAAAUUCCUUAACGAAAACAAUGCAGGUGUUUAUAUCAAAAAAGUUGAGGCACGCAUACAAGAGGAAUCUGCUCGCGCAACGCUUUAUCUAGACAAGGAUACGGAACCUCGAAUCGUUAAAGUUGUUGAAGAUGAACUCAUUAAAAAGCAUAUGCGCUCCAUUGUGGAAAUGGAAAACUCCGGUGUUGUUUAUAUGAUAAAAAACUCUAAAACAGAGGAUCUUGCAUGUACCUAUAAACUAUUUUCUCGUCUUAAAGAGGAGGGUCUCAAAGUUAUUGCUGAUACUAUGUCGUCAUAUUUGCGUGAACAAGGCCGAAUAUUAGUGAAAGAAGAAGAAAAUGGCAACACCAACCCAAUAACAUUUGUACAGAACUUGCUCGACUUAAAAGACCGUUUUGAUCAAUUUUUGCAUCAUUCUUUUAACAAUGAUCGAUUAUUUAAGAAUGUUAUUUCGGCGGACUUUGAACAUUUUCUAAAUUUGAACCAAAAAUCCCCGGAAUAUCUUUCAUUAUUCAUCGACGAUAAACUUAAAAAAGGAGGCAAAGGUAUGAGCGAACAAGAAAUCGAAACAAUUUUGGAUAAGACGAUGGUUCUUUUCCGUUUUCUUUUGGAAAAAGAUGUUUUCGAACGCUAUUAUAAAACACAUUUAGCCAAACGAUUGUUGCUAAAUAAAUCAGUUUCUGAUGACUUCGAAAAAAAUAUGAUAUCAAAAUUGAAGACUGAGUGUGGAUGUCAAUUUACCUCAAAAUUGGAAGGAAUGUUCAAAGACAUGUCUGUGUCAAAUACCAUAAUGGAAGAAUUUAAGAAUUAUGUAAAUAUACACAAUUUAUCAUUAUCAGGUGUAGAAUUGACAGUGAGAAUAUUAACUACUGGAUUCUGGCCAACUCAAACGGCGACACCGAACUGCAAUAUACCAUCAGCGCCCCGCGAAGCAUUUGAAAUAUUCAAGAAGUUCUAUUUGGACAAGCAUUCAGGCAGACAGUUAACAUUGCAGCCACAAAUGGGUAAAAUUUAAAAAUUCUUAUCCCCAGUUUCACCA